AUGAUUGACCAGCUCCGGGCCGAGAUGAAUGAGCUCAAAGCUUCAGCCGAGACGCCGAGGAGAAAGAUGGACCUCCUAGCCUCGAAAAAGGAGGAUAUAAAAGAGGAGUUAGCGUCGCUAAAUGAAGAACUCCGGCCACAACUGGAUUCAGCCAUCUUGGAAUGGGAUGAUCUUGGCCGGGAAUAUACUGCUUUGAAGUCCAAAUUAGAGGCAACCUUGAUUGAUUACUCUGAGGUCGAAGAAAGGCUGGCCAAGUAUAAAACUGAUGUAGAGAUAGUCGAGGCCUGUUUAAGAACGAAGGCCGAGUAUGUAAAGCGGUUGUCCCAGAGGGAGACCCUCGAGGAGAUUCACGCCCAGAGAUUUGAUCUAUUAGCCAAGAUUGAAGAGGCCAAGAGGAUUGAGGUCGAGACAAAAGAACUUUAUGAGCCUGAAGGUCCCGAAGGUUCCGGUGCCGAGUUGAGCUCCGGUGAAGAUUGGGCGGAGAAACCUUAG